UUCUGGGAUGGGCGGCUGUGACUGGUGAGCGUCGUGACCAGAGCUAAGACCCCAGCCUGUGCCCGUGCCUGUGUGUAGCCCUUGCACAAUCAUGUCGGCUCCCUCUGAAGAGGAGGAGUACGUGCGGCUGGUGAUGGAGGCACAGCCCGAGUGGCUCCGCGCGGAGGUGAAGCGGCUGUCCCACGAGCUGGCCGAGACUACGCGUGAGAAGAUCCAGGCGGCCGAGUACGGUCUGGCAGUGCUCGAGGAGAAGCACCAGCUCAAGCUGCAGUUCGAGGAGCUCGAGGUGGACUAUGAGGCCAUUCGUGGCGAGAUGGAGCAGCUCAAAGAGGCAUUUGGACAGGCUCACACAAAUCACAAGAAGGUGGCAGCAGAUGGUGAGAGCCGGGAAGAGAGUUUGAUCCAGGAGUCAGCCUCUAAGGAACAGUACUACAUGAGGAAAGUACUGGAGCUACAAACAGAGCUGAAGCAGCUACGCAACGUCCUUACCAACACUCAAUCGGAGAAUGAGCGGCUUGCCUCAGUGGCACAAGAACUGAAGGAGAUCAACCAGAAUGUAGAGAUCCAGCGCAGCCGCCUGCGGGAUGACAUCAAAGAGUACAAGUUCCGGGAGGCUCGCUUACUGCAGGACUACUCAGAGCUGGAAGAAGAGAACAUCUGCCUGCAGAAGCAGGUGUCUGUGCUCAGGCAGAACCAGGUGGAAUUUGAGGGCCUCAAGCAUGAAAUUAAGCGACUGGAGGAAGAGACUGAAUAUCUAAACAGCCAAUUAGAGGAUGCCAUCCGGCUCAAGGAAAUCUCAGAGCGGCAGCUAGAAGAGGUACUAGAGACGCUCAAGACAGAGCGGGAACAGAAGAACAGCCUGCGAAAGGAGCUAUCGCACUACAUGAGCAUCAAUGACUCCCUCUACACUAGCCAUCUGCAUGUCUCCCUAGAUGGCCUCAAGUUCAGUGAUGAUGCUGCUGCUGCUACCACAGAACCUAACAAUGAUGCUGAGGCCCUGGCCAAUGGUCUGGAGCAUGGUCUGGCCAAGUUGCCGCUUGACAACAAGACCUCCAUGCCCAGAAAAGAUGGGAUCCCACCACCCUCACCUAGCCUGGUCUCUGACCUGCUCAGUGAGCUCAACAUCUCUGAGAUCCAGAAGCUAAAACAGCAGCUGAUGCAGAUGGAUCGGGAGAAAGUGAGCCUGCUUACAACACUUCAAGACACACAGAAGCAGCUGGAACAGGCACACAGGGCCCUCUCAGAGCAACAUGAAAAAGUUAGUCAGCUCACAGAGAACCUAAGUGCCCUUCGGCGCCUACAGGCCAGCAAGGAGCGACAGACAGCCCUGGACAAUGAGAAGGACCGGGACAGCCAUGAAGAUGGCGACUACUAUGAGGUGGACAUCAAUGGUCCUGAAAUCCUGGCCUGCAAGUACCAUGUGGCUGUGGCCGAGGCAGGUGAGCUCCGGGAGCAGCUGAAGGCACUACGUAGUAUUCACGAGGCCUCGGAAGCCCAACAUGCUGAAGAGAAAAGCCGCCGUGAAGCUGAGGGCCAGGCACUGACUGAAAAGCUCACCCUACUAGAGAAGGCCAGCCGCCAAGACCGAGACCUGCUGUCUCGGUUAGAGAAGGAACUCAAGAGCGUGAGUGAUGUGGCUGGUGAAACACAGGGCAGCCUGAGUGUGGCCCAAGAUGAGCUGGUAAGCUUCAGUGAGGAGCUGGCCAACCUCUACCACCAUGUAUGCAUGUGUAACAAUGAAACACCAAAUCGCGUUAUGCUAGACUACUACCGUGAGGGGCAUGGUGGAGACAGCCAUGCCAACCCUGAGGGUUGUGGCCACCGGUCUCCCAUCCUCCUGCCUAAGGGGCUACUGGCUAUGGAGCUGGGCAGAGGAGAGAGCGGGAAUGGAGAAAGCAAUCCUUCAACCAGCUCCUCGCUACCAUCACCCCUGAGCGAUCCACACCGCGAGCCCAUGAACAUCUACAACUUAAUUGCCAUUAUUCGAGACCAGAUCAAGCACCUACAAAUAGCUGUGGACCGCACCACUGAACUGUCUCGGCAACGUAUCACCUCACAGGAGCUGGGCCCUGUUGUAGACAAAGACAAGGAGGCACUGAUGGAGGAGAUCUUGAAGCUCAAGUCACUCCUCAGCACCAAGCGUGAGCAAAUCACUACAUUGCGGACCGUGCUCAAGGCCAACAAACAAACAGCCGAGGUAGCCCUGGCCAACCUGAAGAGCAAGUAUGAAAAUGAGAAAGCAAUGGUGACCGAGACCAUGAUGAAGCUGCGCAACGAGCUCAAAGCACUCAAGGAGGAUGCUGCUACCUUCUCAUCAUUGCGUGCCAUGUUUGCCACCAGGUGUGACGAGUACAUCACACAGCUGGAUGAGAUGCAGCGGCAGCUGGCAGCUGCUGAGGAUGAGAAGAAGACCCUCAACUCACUACUGCGCAUGGCCAUUCAGCAGAAAUUGGCCCUGACCCAGCGUCUGGAGCUGCUUGAGCUGGACCAUGAGCAGGCUCGGCGUGGCCGCAACAAGACCACCCCCAAGUCCAAGCCCAAUGCCCCGAGUGUAAGUCACACCUGUGCCAGUGCCAGUGACAGGGCUGAGGGCUCUGGGCUCUCCACUCAGGUGUUCUGUCGUGAAAAGUAUAACAUUUACUGUGACUAAGGCUGUGGACACUGCAUGCUGCAGCUAACACUGAGCAUCACCUAUUCGCUUCAUCCCCACUAACUCACAUCUACGUGGGUGCAGCACACUGGCCUUCUGGACUCUUGGGCCUGUUUUGUGUCUGUUCAUCUUUUUGUUACUUUUUGGAUGCUACCCUUUUUGGUAGGGGUUAGAGGAGGGGACAGAGGAAGGGAUUUCCUGGUGAUGUGGGCCACGGAGCAAGCUCUUAGUCAAGGAAGUCCUGCUCUGGCGUCCUUGUUCAGCACCUGCAGGGAGGUUCAGGAUCCUGGUGGGAAACUCAUGCCCUGACACAUGUGCCAUGGAUUUGUCUUGCCCUUCCGCCGUGGCUCCCAUCCUCCCUGUUGAAGUGAUUGUGACAGAAAACUCUGCGUACAGCUUGGUCCAGGAAUUGCUUUGUAGCCUGUGCCACAUUUCACUGCAAAACCCAUUCAGGACAGAAGUGCAUAAUUAUACCACCAAUGUGGUACAGAGCUGCCCCAAGCUUUCUGCAUUCCUUCAGACCCAGACAACAUGUCACUUGGGAGCCUAAGCAUAUGUCAGCCCAAGUGCAGCUGAUCUAGCCCAGUUCACCUGACGUAGCCACUGAUCCCCUUCUGAGGUCUGCACCUGUCUUGCUCUGCAAGCAGGUAGGAAGGUAGCUGUCAGGGACCAUAGUUCCAAUGAAAAUAACUUUCCAAGUGCCUAGCCAGGGUCUUUGUAUCCAAUGUGAAGCCCUGGUCUUUUGUAUGGCAGUGGUUUUUCUCCUGCUGCCCACCUUUCCCUGCAGGGUAGCAGGUAGGCCUGCAGUGCCCUACUGUGCCCACUUACCUGCUCACAGUGCAUCACUUCCUCGAAGAUGACGUCACCCCUAAGAAGGACUUUGAAUCCACAUCCGGAAAUCCCAGCAUCCUGAGCUCAGCUAAGUUGAAAGCUCCUCACAGUUGCUGGCAGGAACCCAGCUUGGGCUGCUCUCAACAGCUUUGAGUGGGACCAGCCCCUGUUCUUCACAGGUGGAAAUGUGGCUUCCUUUAUUUAGUGCAAUGUGGGGGAUGAAUGGGCAUUAGGUCAUGGGACUUAGUCAACAUGGAACCCCAUGGCCCUUCCAUUAGUUAGUGGGGACAUUGUCUGUACUGCAUCAGGCAUCCUGAGUUUACACUUCCUGGUGCAGCACAUCUCUCAGUAUUUCUCUUCCUAAUCACCCUCUGGGGUCAGCUGGACAAGAAGCCGUGUUGUCUUCAUCUCUUUGCUCCUCACCUAUCAGAAGACAGAGGGCACCUUUCUACAGACGGGGAAUUCACGUUAUCUGACAAAAAAACUGCUUUGCCCUCUCUCCCAAAGGUGUUUACCUUUGUUUAUUUCACUCUUACACAUGGUUCUUGAGAAUAUCUCGGGCCUCAACAAACUCCGACUGCUGUGGGCAGGCUGUGCUUUAGGUUGGGACUGCAACAACUUGAAGUGGCAGAGGAGAGUCCUGCAGGUGUUCUUUGGGCUUGGUAUCUUGGGCUCAGUGGGCCUUGAAGUGCCUCUCCUCCUUUAGAAAGGCCCUUUCCUCCCCUGCCUUGGCGAACAGGACUUAUCGGAGGAGUGACUUCCCUAUCUCAGCCUGCCUUGCAUGUGUCACUUCAUACACGUCUGCAGCCUCCACUUUGCCUGCCACCGCAGCAGCUUUUCUCAGUCCUUGUAAGGACCUUUGUGUGUCACUCGGGAGCAGCCUCACUGCAGAACAUAGCCACAGCUAACACGGAAGUUUCUGCUCUGCCAACUAACUAUCCCCAUAUUCACAGCACCACCAAGACUGAGAUGUGGGUUGAGCUGGCAUGAUGAGUGACUUGUUUUCUAAUGGCAUCUUGUUUUCUCCCAUUUCCAGUUGUAGAGUAGUUGCUGAGAGGACUCGGCCACCUGGCCCUGUCGCCUUGCAGCUCCUCUCCUCCCUUCGUGGUUGUGGUUGGAGGAAUACAGGCUGUCCACAUGGAGGAAGGAAAGGCAACAUAAUUUCCACUUAGAAAUGUCUUUGGAUAUGCCACUGCUUCCCCGCCCCCCCCCCCCCCCCCCAAAAAAAAAACAGCAUUCCCUGGGUUUGUAAUGGGAAGAAUGAGAGCUUUAAUGAUGAAAAUACUGCAGGCUACUGCUUGAAAGACUUUUUUACAAGUACUGAGGAAUCUGCUCCAAACCAUGAUCACCGUGUUCAUUGUGAACCCACUAGAGACAUCAUGGGGAGCCCCUCGUCCUACAUACACCCCUUUUUUACCUGAUAAACCUGUGCACUUUUGUUACAUUGGUAUUAUAGUUCCUCACUCCUUAUGUAGAGAUAAUUCUCAAAUGAUGUGUGUGUUCAAGAUCACAUAGCUCUCCAUCCUGACUGUCAACCUUUUGACUGGAUGUCAGCAUAUUGCAAACAUGUGUACUUCUUUUACUAUGUAGCUCUAUACUGUUUAGGCAAGGACUUGGACCCAGCAAGGAGCUUGGAUGAUGGAGCCACCCUAUGGGUCAGCAGCCUGUUACAUUAUACAGCAUUAUAUGAUUCAUCUUUGAAAUUAUGGAUUUAAAUGCCAUGUUCAUUAAGAAAUUCAGGGUAUUCGGAUUCUAGAGUUUUUCAUAUUGUCUUAUUAUUAUUCUUAGGAAUAGCUCAAAGUAACAAGAAGAAAACUUGACCGUUGCUCUGGUUAAAACAGUAGUAAGCACUUGAAAAAAAGCAUUAUAAAUUAUUGAAUGAGAGUAUUACUUGCAAAUUCCAGAAUUUUCUGGGUCUUAAGACAUUAUGAAGCAUGACUGAUUAGCAGGAUUUUGAACAACUGUACCAAUGAAAUUCCAAAUUGGAAUUGUUUUGUUACUCUGGUUGUUGUGCCAAAUUGUGGUACACUUAAAAAAUUCUACAUUUGUCAAUUUUUAGGGUGUUCUAUUUCAGCACCUCUUUGUUAGUAAUCAUUGCCAGUAGUGCCUUCAUCAUUUAAGGUAGAUGUCCCAGAGUGAUUUAUUCUCUAAAAUGAACAGGUGAUCAUUUUCUCAGCCAGUGUGAAGCAAUAAGUGUGGGGUGAGUGUGUGCUUUCACAUCUUUACCUGGGCAUCUCCAUCAAAAGAAAGAGAACAGCAAUUGGAUAAAAUUUUGUUAAUCAGUGAUUCUUUACUCUGAAGAUCCUUGCAAAUUCGGGGGCUUAGAAAAUGAAAGCAGACACAAAGCAUUUAGUGUGCUUUGAAAAGCAAAUGGAUUUUCUGGAACAAGCUAAGCCAGCUGUAUUAAUAGCAUGUUGUGGAUAACCAAGAAUGUGUUAUAAGUGCUAGAACUGUUUCUAUGCUUCGCACAAUAGUGGACAAGGGUUAAACUUAGUAUUCUUUGCAAAUGAGACAUUAAUAUCUUCCCUUGCUUGAUGUGACUAGUCACUUAAUUUUCAGGAAACAGAAAUCACUAAUGCUCCUUAGUAAGCUGAGUCAGCUGGUCUUCAUCCCCACCCUGUUUGCUGAGUUCAUAUGAAUGAUUAAAUUGGUACUUGUGGAGCAAGAAAAAGAACCUCUCCUUCCCUCCUCCACAAUGGAAAAAAAGUGUAUAAAUUAUAACCAUAUACGUGGCAAGAAUGAAAGAAUUCUGUUUUCUGGAAAAACAUUUCUUAGUUGUAGAGACUCCUAUUUUUAACUUUUGUUACAGUAUUGAUUUAUACAAAAUGUUGUUACCUUUGAGAUAGUUUCAGGUAUAUUGGGGUAUUUAUUUGCAGUGCUGUCUGAGUACUGUAUUUCUCUGUGCGUUGCCCUGGUGUCAGAAUGUUGGUCUUUAUUUUAAGGUCAUGUGCAUGUUCUCCUGCCAAGGAACCUUUACACGGACCUAAACAAAUAAUAAUAAUAAGCAAAUGCCUUUAAUUUUGAGAAAAUUAGGCAGAACAUGGAAAAG